AUGGUUUUGCCCAAACCGAACAUUACCUCGUUUUCCCGCGCGGAUAUUUUUUUUUCUAUUACACACCCUGUUUCUUUUCUUUUUUUUCUUUCGCCUAUCGCAAUUCUACCGUCAUUCUUUCUUUUCUCUUUGUAUUUUUUCUUUUUCCUUAUUUUCUUUCUGAAGCCUCAAUAUGUCUUAUGCUUUCUUUCUUUCUUUCUUUCUUUCUUUCUUUCUUUCUUUCUUUCUUUCUUUCUUUCUUUCUCAAAUCAUAUUUCCUUUUAUCCUUUCUUAUUUAUUUACGUUUUCCUUUCUUUCAUUCAUUCUUUCUUUCUUUCUCAAAUCAUAUUUCCUUUUAUCCUUUCUUAUUUAUUUACGUUUUUCUUUCUUUCUUUCUUUCUUUCUUUCUUUCUUUCUUUCUUUCUUUCUAUCAGAAACUGCAAUAUAUCAUAUCUUUUAUCCUUUUUGUUCCUAUCUUCUGGGAAUAUAUCAUCUUUGUUUUCUCUUAUUUUAAUUUUUCAUUAUGUCGGCAUCCUCCGGAUUUACUUUCUUUCUUUCUUUCUUUCUUUCUUUCUUUCUUUCUUUCUUUCUUCUUUUUUCUUUCUUUCUUGCUUGCAAGGUUAUUGCCAUAAUCCUAAUAUUUCCUUUCUUCUUUAUUCGUAUUUGCCUUCCUCUUUUCUUUCUCACUUUUUCUCUGAAGCCAGAUUAAAUAAUUUAUAUUUUCUGUUCCUUUUAAUUUUCCAUAAUUUGAGCGUACGUCUUUCUUUUUUCGUCUUUCUUUCUUUCUUUUCCGAAAUCAUAAUAUGCCCUUUCUUUUUUCUUUACUUAUUCUUUUUUCCUAUCCUGAGAGUCCAUCUUCUUCUUUUAUUCGUAUUUUUGUUUCUCUAUUUAUCAACUUGGUUUUCUCUUAUUCUUUUUAAUUUUCCAUUUAAUUCUUUCUUUCUUUUAUUUUUAAUUUUUUUCUUUCUUUUUCAUAAAUCUUUCUUUGUUUAUUUUCAUAAUUCAUUCCUUUUUCCUAAUUCGUUCUUUCUUUGUUUCAAAAUUCUUUCUUUCUUCUUCUCAUAA